AUGAAAGAACUAGUUAAAAUUCACAAGAUUGAGAUUCUUGUCAUUUUGGAGCCUAGAAUUAGUGGCAACACUGCCCUCAAUGUUAUUAAGAAACUUGGGUUUUCUAAGUAUCAUGUAGUUGAUGCUAAUGGUUUUUCAGGGGGUCUUUGGAUGCUUUGGAAUGAGAAUGUAUCUUGCAUUGAUAUAGUUGCCCACUCUAGGCAAUCUAUUACAGCUCUAAUUAAAAUGAGUCACAUUGAUUGGCUUUUUACUGUGGUGUAUGUGCACCCUUGCCCUGGCAUUCAAAGCCAAUUAUGGAUUUAUUUGGAUGGGAUUGCUUCAGCUUCGAACCUUCCUUGGAUGAUUGCUGGGGAUUUCAAUGAAUUGGUCGAUAAUUCUGAAAAAUGUGGUGGUAAUCCUAUUUCUCAUCGGAGUGGGCUUGUGGAAUGGAUUGAUAGAAACCAAUUGAUUGAUCUUGGCUUUAUUGGUGCUCAAUUUACUUGGUGUAGAAAAAAUGAAAAUGACGUUCUCACUUGGGAAAAAUUGGAUCGUGGUCUUUCCAACAUUGACUGGAGACAUAAUUUUCCUAAGGCCUUUGUCAGACAUCUACCUAGGGUCAAGUCUGAUCAUUGUCCCCUGCUGAUAAGCCUUCAGUCAUCUCAUCUCCCUUGUGCUAAUGUCAAGCCUUUCAGAUUUCAAGCCAUGUGGCUCCUGCACCCUACUUUUCAGAGCUUUGUGGUUGAUAAAUGGGCUAACUAUACUGGAAAUAUCCUUCCAAAAACUCAAGACCUUUCUAAAGCUCUUGCUGUUUGGAAUAAGGAUGUGUUUGGGUGUUUGUUUCAAAAUAAGAAAAAAUUGUUGGCUAUAAUUGGCGGUAUCCAAAAAGCUCUAUGCAGAAGACACUCUUCUUUUCUGAAAUCAAGGAAUACUUGGCUUAAAGAAGGGAACCGUAAUACCAAGUUUUUCCACAUGUCUACCAUUAUUCAUAGAAGAAGGAACAAACUGGAAGGCCUUACAAAUGCUCAAGUUCAAACAAUGAGGUACUCUAAUGCUGAUCUCCCUCAGCUUUUUCCCAGAUUAGAGACUUCUGAGUUGGGUAAUCUCAAUUGUGAUAUUAAUCCUCAAGAUAUUUAUCAAGGUACCUUUGUUGAGUUAAUUGCUGGUUGUUUUAGCACUACUAGCAUUCCUGAUGCUUUAAAUGACACAUCGAUUACCCUUGUUCCUAAAGUGGCUAGUCCUAGCUCUGUUGCUCAGUUAAGGCGUAUUAGCCUAUGUAAUACAAAGUACAAGGUGGUGAUUAAGAUCAUUGUUCAGAAGCUCAGGCCUCUCAUGCAGAAGGUUGUCAGUCCUGCUCAAGCUAGCUUCAUCCCUGGCAUGCAGAUUGUUGACAACAUUAUUGUUGCUCAAAAGUGCAUUAAGUCUGUGAGAUACCAAGCCAUCCUCAAUGGUGAGCUUACUGAAAGAUUCUCUCCUAGUGCUGGGAUCAGACAAGAAUUACCAAGAAUACUUACUCUAGGAUUGUUGACAAAGUGCAGCGUAGAUUGGCUUCCUGGAAGAGUCACACAUUAUCUAUGGCAGUUUGAUAAGCUUAACAGGGAUUUUUUGUGGGGUUAUACUGGUGAUAAAACUAAACUUCACCUUGUUAAUUGGGACACUGAUCAGGGUCUUUGGUCUCAAGUUCUUAAUGGUAAGUAUCUAAAAGAUCAAAGUUUGCUUGCUACCCCAAAUCUCAAAUUCCUUAAUUACCCUAGUACUUGGAGAGGUUGUGGGCCUCUUGAGAACUUCGCCACUAUUUCCCUUUCUGAUGAUUUGCUUGAGUGGACUAUGAGUGACUUCCUCACAAAGCAAGGUUGGAACACCAAUUGGCUUCUGGGUUGUCUCCCCUUGGAUAAGGUGCAGAAAAUUCAUUGUAUUCAUGCAGGGUUUAAUUUAAUCAUAUUGAGGUGGACUCUUGUAUAUGGCAACUUACCUCCAAUGGUGAAUUUUCAGUGA